UGACAUUUGCCGAGGUCCAUAUUGAGGAAAAAAAUAGUAAACAUCAAGUUUUUUCCUCAUUUUAAGCUUUAAAAAAUGUUGCGACAACUACUAAAUGUGAGAUCAACACUUCAGACGACCCAAGUGAGGACCCUUACAAACCACAAACACAACAAAAAAUACAUUUACAAAGACGGAGUCAAGUACAAUAACAUUUAUUACUAUCCACGCACGCCAGAUCAUGUUGAUCCCCCAAUAGAACCCGCAAAAUUGUUCCGUGUCGAGCGAAUCAAGCCUCUGAAGGGAAAUCCUCAUUGGGAAAAGCGUAUUUUGCGUGAUUUGGGCCUUUUUGAGGGAGGAGCAAUUGCCAUUGUAAAAAACAUCCCGGAAAAUAACGCGAGAUUAUGGAAAGUCAAGCAUUUGAUUCACAUCACUCCAAUUACUUUUCCGCACGGCGAACCCACAGCUGAGGACAUAAAUUACACUUUUUUGAAGGAAAAUGGUGAAUGUAUUGUCGCCAAGAAGCUGGAAGUGCCCGCAGAACGUAUUGAGGCAGCGGAAAAGUUCGAAAAUGAUCCCAAACGACUCGACAAGGAGACGGUGCAACGUGAUUUGAGACUCAAAUGGUUGAGUGGAUGGAAGACUCCGAUUUAAAUGCUUAGUUAAAGUAAAAAAUUAGUCGUUAUUUGAAUAAAAAA